AUGAAAGGAAGAUAUCAAGGUGGAAUGGAGAAAUGCAAUGUUGCAAUGAUGUUGCUUUGGGUUUUCUUUUCCUUGUGUACCAUUAUAGAAUUCAAAGUUGAAGCAAGAACAUUAUCAUCAUCAUCAUCUUUAGAUAGAGAAAUAGAAGCCAGAUUGAAGCUUCUAAACAAGCCUGCAGUGAAAUCUAUCAAGAGUGAAGAUGGAGACAUUAUUGAUUGCGUUAGCAUCUAUAAACAACCUGCCUUAGACCAUCCUGCAUUAAAAAAUCACACGAUUAAGAUGAUGCCCGAUUUUACUUUUGAGUCUCCAAACUCAAUUACAGUAGACACUUUCAAUGCAAGCUCUGAAGUGUUUCAAAUAUGGCAAAAGAGUGGAAGUUGUCCAGACGAAACUAUUCCUAUUCGAAGAAUUCGAAAAGAGGACUUACUGAGAGCUGAUUCACUUGAUCGUUUCGGACAAAAACCCAUGGAACUAUUUAAUUCAACAUUCCCCACAAACCUUAACUCCUCCAACUCCAACGACACUAACGAUGAAGUUAAUUUAAAAAAUCGAUCGGAUGCAUAUCUUAUGACAUACGCACAUCAUUUUAAUGGCGCACAAGCCAAUAUAAAUGUUUGGAAUCCAAGGGUUGAUAAGCCAGAAGAUUUCACUACUGCUCAAAUGUGGCUUAAGGCGGGAUAUGGUCGUGAUAAUUUUGAAAGCGUCGAAUCAGGCUGGACAGUUAAUCCAAAGUUGUAUGGUGACCACAGCACGCGAUUAUUCGUCUAUUGGACAAAAGAUACAUACAGAUCAACAGGGUGCUUUGAUCUUACAUGCUCAGGUUUUGUGCAAACAAACAAGAAUAUAGCGCUUGGUGCUGCCAUAGGACCUAUUUCAUAUCAUGAUCAACAACAAUAUGAACUCUACUACGGAAUAUUUAUGGAUCAUGACUCGAAAUGGUGGCUUAAAAUACGGAGAAAUAUACCUAUAGGUUAUUGGCCACCUGAGUUAUUUGGUAAUUUAAGAUACAGUUCGACGAUGGUUCAAUGGGGUGGACAAGUGUUCAGUUAUGAAGUCAAAGACACACGUCCUCACACUGGAACACAAAUGGGGAGUGGAGAUGCAGCAAAUGGUCGAUUUGGAAACGCUUGCUAUAUGAGUGGUGUGAGAAUUAGAGAUGAUUCACUGCUAUUGAAGUAUCCACAAUAUGUAACCACACAUGCUGCAGAACCCUAUUGUUACAAUACCUUAAAUGAUGCUCCAUAUGGACAAGAUCCUGUAUUGUAUUUUGGAGGGGCUGGAAGAAAGCCUCCUUAUUGUCCUUGA